UAUAAGUUCAUCGUUCUCUCGCGUUCGUCAGCUCAAACACGCUCCGCCAAUUAAAUAUAUAUCAAAUCAAUCAUGUCCGAAUCCAGCUUUUCCCAAUAGAUAAACUGCAUCUCCUUUUUUUGCUUCUUUUAUUUGAAGAUUUCCUGAGAUCCUCCUCUUCAGACCCAAGCUGAAUCUGGAAUUGUCUUCGGGAUGGGUUCCAAGUCUGUUGUUGACAUGAUAGAAGCCGCCUCAGGUGUUCAUUUUUCUGGUUUCCACGUAAAUGGGCACAUGAAUGGGUUGGAACCUACAGCACUUAAGGAUACCACUUCUGCAUCAGAUGAUAUCCAAAGACAGCCUUUUGUUAUAGGUGUUGCUGGAGGCGCAGCAUCGGGAAAGACUACUGUUUGUGAUAUGAUAAUCCAGCAACUGCAUGAUCAGCGUGUUGUACUUAUUAACCUGGACUCGUUCUAUCAUAAUCUGACUGAAGAAGAACUUGCUAAAGUUCAUGAAUAUAACUUUGACCAUCCAGACGCAUUUGACACAGAGCAUUUGUUGUCUUGUAUGGAGAAAUUGAGGCAAGGGCAAGCUGUAGAUAUUCCAAAAUAUGAUUUCAAAACUUACAGGAGCAGUGUUUUCAGAAGGGUAAAUCCUACGGAUGUAAUCAUCCUUGAAGGGAUACUUCUAUUCCAUGAUCCACGUGUCAGAAAAUUGAUGAACAUGAAGAUUUUUGUAUGCACAGAUGCUGACGUUCGUUUGGCAAGAAGGAUAAAAAGAGAUACUGUCCAGAAUGGUAGGGAUAUCGGCGCAGUACUUGACCAGUAUUCAAAGUUUGUGAAGCCUGCUUUUGAUGACUUCAUUCUCCCAACGAAGAAAUAUGCAGAUAUUAUAAUCCCCCGUGGUGGGGAUAAUCACGUAGCUAUUGACUUAAUUGUGCAACAUAUUUGCACUAAGCUGGGUCAACAUGAUCUCUGUAAAAUAUAUCCUAAUCUCUAUGUUAUACACUCGACAUUUCAGAUAAGAGGGAUGCACACCCUUAUACGAGAUUCUCAGACAACCAAACAUGAUUUUGUCUUCUAUUCUGAUCGAUUGAUUCGACUGGUUGUAGAACAUGGUCUUGGACAUCUGCCUUUUACUGAAAAGCAAGUUAUUACUCCUACCGGGUGUGUAUAUUCUGGUGUGGAUUUCUGUAAACGGUUAUGUGGUGUCUCUGUGAUUAGGAGUGGCGAGAGCAUGGAGAAUGCAUUGCGAGCAUGUUGCAAAGGUAUCAAGAUUGGGAAGAUCCUAAUCCACAGAGAAGGCGACAAUGGUCAACAGGUAAAUGAUUCACCCCAAUUGAAGUCUAGUUGUUCUAUUUUUUCACUGUUUGAUGUCAGAAUCACUUUGCAGCUUGUCUAUGAGAAAUUGCCAAAUGAUAUCUCGGAGAGGCACGUCCUAUUGUUGGAUCCUAUUCUCGGUACAGGAAACUCAGCGGUUCAAGCUAUCAAGCUCCUUAUCAGCAAGGGUGUACCCGAGGGAAACAUCAUAUUUCUAAACCUUAUCUCUGCACCUCAAGGUGUUCAUGUGGUCUGCCAAAAAUUUCCGAGAAUAAAGAUAGUGACAUCUGAAAUCGAAAAUGGGUUAAAUGAAGAGUUUCGUGUUAUUCCUGGUAUGGGCGAGUUUGGGGACAGAUAUUUUGGCACAGACGAUGACUAGACCAUUGUAGUCUUGCCGCAUUAGUUUGUCCCUGCCAUGUCCUGAUGUAUUCACCAUCCUAUCCACUACAACGGCUACACAAACUAUCAAAGGAAUCACCUUUAACUGUGUUGGUUUUCCCAUUAAAACCCUCUCAAGUUCUUGGGAACAGUUUUGAUUUACUUAUAAAUUCCCACAUGAGGGGUUGAUCGAACCUGGGACUUGGGAUUUGUUGUACCAUAUAUAGCUAUCCUUGGAACUCUUGAUACUCUAUCUGCAAAUCUUUUGUACCAUAUAUAAAUAUUAUUGGAACUGUUGAACUCCAUAAGCAUAGUACAUCA